CAAAGGGCCCCAGCCUGCAGAGCUGCAUCUGCAUCGGCUUCUCAGCACCUCCGUGAGCUCUGUGGGCUUUGGGAGCAGCUACACCCAAAGGACACGGCAAGUGGGAAGAGAUGGCUGGAGAGCUCGAGGCGUGGCUGGAGGCAGCUGCUCUGCCUGCCCUCGUCUGGUGGAGAUGAGAAAAUGACGGUGCUUGGUGCUGAGUUCCAGGACAGCUGUUUGCUUUCAGCCCACGUCACCCAGACACACGGAAACACGAAACUGAGUCAGAUGGUUUGUGAAAGGUUUGUGCAACCUUAUCUCGGAUGUCCCCUGAGACCUAGGGCUUGGCCAGGGACUCCUCGUACCAGGAAGCGAGCUGCUGUAAACAAGGAAAGCGUGAGGCUCUCGGAACAGCUGGAGACUCCCUGGCACUGAGAAGCUGAAACCGGGACACAGCACGCUGUGCCAGCACGUCACCCAUCUCGCCCUGGCCACGGGGGCUUCAGAGGUGCCCGUGAGCUCAACCUGCCUGGCUUGCUGUGGAACAUAUCCCUGCAGAGCCCCACCAUCCAGCCAUGCUGCACUUCCUCUGGGACAGCAUCUCCCUCCAGACAUUCCUCAUCUUUCUCUUCGUCUUCCUGCUCAUCGCAGACUACAUGAAGAACAGAAAUCCAAAGAAUUUCCCUCCCACCCCCCUCCGCCUUCCCUUUUUGGGGCACAUCUACCUCGUGGACUUCAAGGAUCCUUUGCUCGCAGUGCAGAAGCUAAGUAACAGAUAUGGUGACAUCUUUGGCAUGCACAUGGGCAGCAUGAAGUUUGUGAUGGUAAAUGGGAUCCGGCUGGUGAGGGAAGUGCUUGUAAACCAAGGGGACAAGUUCAUGGACCGCCCUGACCUUCCCCUCGACGAGGAGAUCUUCAGCAAGAUCGGACUGAUCUCCUCCAGUGGGCACCUGUGGAAGGCACAGAGGAGGUUCACCCUGACCACGCUGCGGAACUUCGGCCUGGGGAAGAGGAGCCUGGAGGAGCGCAUCCAGGAGGAGUGCCGGUACCUCGGGGAUGUGUUUGGGGAUGAGCAGGGGAAUCCUUUCAAUCCUCAGCUUAAAGUGACUAAUGCUGUUGCAAAUGUCAUCUGCUCCCUCAUCUUUGGCAAUCGGUUUGAAUACCAGGAUGAGGAUUUCCAAAGACUGCUGAAGCUGAUGUAUGAAACGACUGCUCUCCAUGGAGCCAUCACAAGCCAGCUGUACAACAAUUUCCCAUCUAUAAUGAAGUACUUACCUGGAGCCCACCAAACCAUUUUUAAAAACUGGAAGAUAUUGAAAAAUUUUAUGCGAGAGCAAAUCAACAAACACAAGGAGGACUGGAACCCCUCAGAGAGCCGGGACUACAUUGACAGCUACCUGCUGGAGAUCUCCAAGGACCACGACAGUGACACCUUCCGGGAGGAACACCUCACGGCCUGCACACUCGACCUGAUGUUUGCUGGGACUGAGACCACGUCCUCAACCCUCCGCUGGGCUUUGCUGUUUAUGGCCACACAUCCAGAAAUUCAAGCCCGGGUGCAAGCUGAGAUCGAUGCAGUCAUUGGCCAGGCACGGCCGCCAGCCCUGGAGGACAGGAACAACCUGCACUACACCAAUGCUGUCAUCCACGAAGUGCAGAGGAAAGGCAACGUUAUCCCUUUCAACGUGCCAAGAAUGGCAGUGGAGGAUGCCUAUGUGGAUGGCUACUUCAUCCCAAAGGGCACUAUUAUGAUGACAAAUUUAACCUCUCUGAUGUUUGACAAGAAUGAAUGGAAAAGUCCUGAGACUUUUAACCCUGAGCAUUUUCUGAAGGAUGGGAAGUUCUGGAAAAACGAGAAUUUUAUACCAUUUUCUAUGGGGAAGCGUUCCUGCCUGGGUGAGCUGCUGGCCCGUUCUGAGCUCUUCCUCUUCUUCACCUCCCUGCUGCAGAAAUUCACCUUCCAGGCACCCCCAGACACCACGUUCAGCCUCCAGCCCAUGAUAGGCAUCGCCUUAGCCCCACAGCCCUACAAGAUCUGUGCUGCGCCUCGGUAGGGAGCCCUUGGCCACUGUCCUCACGUGUCAGGGGUGCUGAAAACAAAUCCUUGACAAUCCAUGGGGAGGCUUAUAUAUUUCAAAGCAAUUGCAAAACCACUUCUUUUACAAGUAGACCUUGCACUCUGUAUCCCAUGAUGAUGUGAUCACAGGAUCAGACUGGGAGCUACCAGGGCAUUAUUAGGCUUGCCUUAUGGCAUUAUAAAUUAAUGAGGGGCUUGGGGCUUUCCUAAUUUUGUGAUGGAUGGCCAUGGUUCACCUUGGCAAAAUGAGGGACACUAGACACUGCACUGUAGAAGCUGUGGCUGGGUACAGUGGGAGAGCAAUACCAGCCUUUGUUUUAUAACAUUAACAUAAGUAUUAAUUUGACAUUUCCUUAAUAUGCACUUCUCUAGAAAAAGUCACUCUAUCACACCUGCCUCAAAAAAUCAAUAAAUGUUUAUCAAAGCAUUUUUGUCAUGAAGUGUUCUGCAAAGUGAAGGCCAACACAGGCCAUGUCCAGAACAGGCUGUGGGCUUUUGGCCAUGCUCUGUGUCUGCCCUUGCACUCCAGGAGGCUGGCACUGUGAAAGCAAAGGCAAUUCCUACAGAAGUGAUGGAAAAAAUGAUCCUGACAGCACAGCUGCAAUUACAAUAUGCAAAAUCCUCCCAGUGUACCUGCCCAGCCUCACAGAGUGGCUGGUGUGUCCAGGGGAAGUGGGGUGAGCGCCAGCAAUAUGAUGCAGUUAUGCUGCACUCAAGUCUAAUGAGGAAAAGGGUGCCUUGGAAAACAACAGCAACAAAUUCUGAACCAUCAUCUACACAAUGAAACAGUCCCAAGAUUGGCAACCAAUGGCUAAUUCCAGUAAAAAUACACUGAACUGGGAAACAGCUGCACCACAAGGAGCCUGUUGAGACCUCCAAGCAGAAGCUGCAGCUCCCAGAAGCAGGAUGGGGGCUGCCUCAGGAAAUCAGCACAGCACCAGAAACACACAACUCCAGCUCUUGCUCUCCUGCUGAGAAAAUGAGCAGAAAGCAAUCCUUUCCUCUCUUCAAUUUUCCCUGGAGUACAGCUCACCUCUUCCUAGAGGAAGCCAAUUUCUCCCAGGUGAACCCAGCUUCUGGCACAGCUCCUUCAGCACCAGCAGGGUGGGGAGUUCUGCCACCUCUGAUUUUCUGUGCCAGUGGAAACAAGAGUUUGGACUGAGACACUGCUCCUGGUACUUGAGGCUGUUUCACAGACCCCUAAGGUGGAGAAAUGAGAACAGGUGGUGGGACACAAACCAGUCCAUUUAUUAAAUGCAGACUUGUCUCAUCCCACUGCUAGGGAGAACCUGGUCAGCUCCAGCCCUCCAAACCCUCCUCUCAUGCCAGCUGCCCUCCUACGUGCUGCUGGCACAGACUCCCACACCUCCCCUUCCCAGGAGAAACAAAAGUCAUUUGACUUUCUAGACCUGACAUCCUUUCUUUUCCUUUCCUGAGAAGCUGAAGGAGAAGGCUGUAAGUGGGCUGCUUGCCUGGAAUUGACUGGGAACAGGGGAGGGGAACAGUGGUAAGUUUCUGCUGUGUGAGCAUUACUCCCAAAACAAUUCCAGUUCACAGGUGUCAUCUGACUGUUCUGUAGUACUUUUUACCCCAGUGCUUUGCUCAGAUUCCCAUUUCCUUUCCCAAGCUCUAUCCAAAAGCUUCCUCUGUAGGCCUCUGCUGGUUAAAUUACAAAAGAUUGCAUUUCACAGGCUUCUUGAAUAUUCUGCCCCUCCACCUAAACCAUUUCCCACACGUGACUGAUUGUCAGUUCCUCCUUUCCUUUGCACUCAGGGCUUUAAUCCUGCACUCCUCUUCCAGGAACAUCCCUCACCUGAACACACAGAACUCCUGCUGCAGUGCUUGGCUCUUCAGGAGCUGCCAGAAAGCUGCAAGCAAACAGGGUCAGGCCUGAACACAUCCUGCAGCUUGGCUCAGGCUUCCUGCACAGCUCAGCACUUCCUCCCUUCUCCCUCACACACCUGCAUGUGUUGGUGCUCAAUGUCUGAAACUGCUUUUAUGUCCAGCCUCAGAGAGCAGGAAAAACCGUUCUUCAAUAAUGGCUUCAGGCUCUCUGGGCCAGGCCCUUCCACACUGGGAAAAUCAACACAGCUCCUCAUCCCCAGACCUUCACUCUGGAAGGCUGAAGGCUGCCAGCCCUUCACCAACAGCACUUCUGGGCUGGGUUGGUGCUCAGAGAAUGAGAGCUGACAAUGGGACUAAGAAUAGAGCACAUCAAUCACCUGCAGAGCAGGCUGGACAUGGCAGACAGUUUUCAGCAAGAACAGUGAUUCAGAGCUGCACCUGUCCUCUGUGUCCUCUCAGGUGGGGCUGAGAACAGGCAGAGACUCUCACCUACUGCAGCAGCAAUAAUUACUGAGGUCACCUCACAGCUCAUCUGCAGAGGGGUUGAAUCUUUUCACAAGGCCCCUUGCCCAGCUGUGACACAACUGUCUGUGGGCUGAGCAGAGGGAAGCAGCUUUGGGAGGAAUGAACUGGAAACAGCAGAGGAGAGCAGCACAACUCAUUACAUCCAUACCCUCAUUACAAUACAUGUCUAUCCUGAAACAGCAGAUUUUAGAUGGUGUAAAUGUACCAACAUAUGGAACCAGGUCAUGCAUUGCCCAGAAACACCACCUAGGAACCAUUAAAUACAUGGCUUGGAAUAAAGACACCAAAGAAUUCAUUUUAAAAAUCUUUAUGUGAAUAUAAAAGAAUUUUUCCCAAAGAAAAAAAUAAAACCAAAAGUUUAAAAAUUAGUGCAAUUUUUCAAGUUCUAUGCAACACAGUGUUUACAUUUGUUUUAAACAGAAGAUGUAGACACCGAUACACUGAAAACCUUAACUCCAGCUUUAGGGGAAGGGGAAAAAGAAACAAGUAAGAAAAUUAUUGUACUAGACAUUACCAACUCCUAAACAAUUGUUUUCAUUUUCUAAUUUCUAAACUAUUUAUGGCUACCUAAAUAGAACAUCAGUAUUGCUUAUAUUACUUAUUUCCAAGUAAGUGUAUAUCAUAGAAAAUAGAAUACCCAUAUAUUCUUUUUUUGAACAAAAUUUAAUGAACAAAAAAAUCAGGUGAAAAUUUAUUUUCAGUGAAUGUUUCUUAAUCCACAUAAUAAAGUUGUUGCAAAAGAAUCUUCUCAAAACUGCUGCCUGACCCAUCUUGAGUAAAAGAACCUACUAGUCCAUAUUUUGUAUUAUUGCUAUAAAACACUUCUAUUCCAUAGUAAUUAAUCUUAUAUAAAAAUAAUUAACAAAUUAUAUGUCAAUCAGAAUGUAUUUUUUGUUUCUUUGGAUCUACAUUACCCGUUUUACUGGAAACUGGCUAAAUUCCUAAUAAUGCUGUUUAACUUCAGCAGUAUUCAGUGAUUUCACCCCAUAUUUGAGUCAUCUCUGAACUGUGCUGAUGGGAUGGUACAAAUUCACCUUUCAGGAGAGCCAAGGGGCCCCUCUGUUCCUCCUGCCUCAGCAGUGGUGCAUCAAAGGACACGGAUUUAGAGAACAUGUGUUGGACACAACUCAGCUGUAACACAGCAAUUCUUUUAGCAGCUUUUUGGUUUGACAUGAGUAAAGCAAACAUUAAAAUGAUCCUGAUCUAAUGGUCCUUCCUGCAUAGGCAGAUGAGCUGAAGUAAAUACAACACCAUGGCUUAUAAUCCAGUAUUUAUUUCCACACAUCAGUUCCUCAUUCACAGGACAGAACCCAGGUUUAACCACUAGUAGAACAGCUGCUUUUAAACAGGUUCUCAGUCCCAAAGAAACCCUUGAGUGAUAUUCACAGGCUUCACUCUUAACAGUUUGGAAAAGCCCCAAAUAAGCAACAUUUUGUCCAAUACCUGAAAACCAGAUUCAUUUUGGCAACCCCAACAUAAUUACUGGGGACAAUUGUGCCCUGAAAAAGGCUGAUCCCUGCCUGUAGUUCAGGACUUAAAUUCUUCCAUCACUAGUCAGAAGACAAACUUCCAAUUAAAUGAUAGGGAGGUUCUUAGGUUUUUUUGGUCCCAGGGUCUGCAGUUUUGAGAAGUGUAAGUCAAAGACAUUUUCUCCAAGUUUGCCACUAUUCAGCACCUGACAGACUACUGACACAGCUCCACUACUGGGAGAAGUACAACAAAUCAAGCCUACCAACUACAUGAGUAUUUGAAGGACAUCCAUGAAAGUUUCCAUGCUGCAAAGAACAAAGGUUAAGAGACCCACUCAACACCAUCAGAGACAGCUCCACACUUCACUAGAACACACCAAAUACCAGACUUUAGGAAUGGAAGCAUCUUGCUAACACAACCUCCUGCUCCACUGCUCACCACCACCUCCCUCCCACCCACAGCACUGGCAGACUAAAUAUGCAACUGUACCUUAAAAACACCAACUCCACUAACACCACUGCAGCAAUAAAAGACCUCAAAACCCACGAGGUAGUCCAAAGAAGCAUGAAGUCCUGAAGAACACCACCACAGACAGCUCUCCAACAGCCACAGAUCUGCCUCAUGCCACACUCAGCACGACACUGGCUUUUAAACAAUGCCUUUUGAAGGAGAAAUCUGCUGAAUGCCUAUUCAUACAUACAGCACUGUAAAACAACCACCACAACUAAGAAGCAACCCUAAGUAUCAAAAAUGAAUGCUUGCCUUUUCUCUGGCAUUACAUGCAAUGCCCAAUUAAAAAUUUAAGAUGUUGGGGAAGGAAGAAAUCAAAGGACAAGCUAUAGUGAGGGGCAGACAAAAUGUCUGUCCAAAUGUCACAAUUCAAAACCUGAUAAUUCUGUAAAGCUAAACCCUGUUCUCAAAUCAAAGAUGGCCUUAAUGGUGAGACAGGUGUGCUUUCAUUCUCACAGGCAGCUGAAUUUUAUAUUAGAUGGUGGUCUGGUACAGCACCCUCAAAUACUUAAUUUAGGUGUAUUCAUUUCAUUUUAAGAGCUGCUGCAAUUUUAUUAACUAUGGGUAUAAUUAACUUUUUCUAGACCCUUUGCAAGUAACAGACAUUAACAGGUUUCCUAAAAUACAAUUCAAAACAAGAGUUAGACAUUUGGGAAAUAAAGUCACAAGUUUUGUGAAAGACAGCAACUUCCUGGACACAGAUUUCAGAUUAUCAACCCCCGUUUCAUCUUCUAUUGAACUAUUACAGUUUAUGCACUUUUCUCCCUGCCAACAAACAAUCUCUGCUGCCAGUAACUGCCAAAGUCAUCUCUCAUUCCUCUGCCUAGCACAGUUAGUUCAGAAUAACUGAGUGAAACUACAUUUAAAAAAGAGGAAAUGCAAUUUCCAUGCACAGGGUUGUAUAAAUAGGUUGAAAUAAAUGGGGCUUCUUCCCACCUAAUCCCCUUUCUGCAAAUAAAUGCAGUAUACCAAUAUGCCAGACUUUUAAAAUACAGCCCAGACUUCUAAGUUAGUAUAGCUUUUUUCUUACCUAGGAGAAGACAAGCUUUUUUGGCUUAAGUGAUUUCAACUUCUUAAAGACAGGUUUUCCUCAGUGUAUAUAUGCACCAACUUAAGCUUUGCUUUUUUUUUUU